AUGACAUUCGACUUGGUACAGCACGUCAAGGCUCGCACCCGCAGCGUGCAUUUCGAUAGAAAUCUCGCGUUCAUGGCAACCACACCUCUCGCCGGAUCAUCGCCAAAGGUAUCGCAGGAUUCCAAGCGAACUAUUAGUUUUCCAUUGAGCCAAGACGAUGGAAGCCCAUCUUCUCCUUCAUCCCCUCGACCCUCGACAGUACGCCACUAUCGCAGUAUGCUUGACGUGGACAUCCAGGAUCCGCCGACAUUAAGCCCCAUGAAGCCAGUGUCAUUCGACGAACUAUAUAACUAUUCUGCAACAAGUGGGCCAGCUGGAGAUGAACAGAUAACUAAUGUGAAGCCCAACCGCGAUCAUCUCACAGUCGAGGCUUCUACCAGGGGAAAUCCUCGCAACACGAGUUCGGAUUAUUCACCUACUUCUCCCGGCAGCGAAUCUCCGGCGUUGGCCCCUUCUGCCUCGCCUGCUAAUGUUCCAUCUCAGCCACCUCCCCCGGCUGACAACAGAAACAUUGUCCGAAGAAAGCUUACUGGCUAUGUUGGUUUUGCCAACCUACCUAACCAAUGGCACCGAAAGAGUGUUCGUAAGGGAUUCAACUUCAACGUGAUGGUUGUUGGUGAGUCUGGCUUGGGCAAGUCUACUCUGGUCAACACUCUGUUCAACACCUCCCUGUACCCCCCCAAGGAGCGCAAGGGACCCAGCCUCGACAUUAUUCCCAAGACUGUUACUAUCCAGUCCAUUAGUGCCGACAUUGAGGAGGCAGGUGUUCGUCUCCGCCUGACCGUUGUCGAUACACCAGGUUUCGGCGAUUUCGUCAACAACGACGAGUCCUGGCGCCCUAUCGUCGACAACAUCGAGCAGCGAUUCGACUCUUACUUGGAUGCUGAGAACAAGGUUAACCGCAUGAACAUUGUUGACAACCGUAUUCACGCAUGUGUCUUCUUUAUCCAACCCACCGGCCACUCCCUGAAGCCUCUUGACAUUGAGGUCAUGCGCCGACUUCAUACCAAGGUCAAUCUGAUCCCCGUCAUCGCCAAGGCUGAUACUCUUACCGACGAAGAGAUUGCUGCCUUCAAGUCACGAAUUCUCGCCGAUAUCAAGCACCAUGGCAUCCAGAUCUUCGAGGGGCCUCGAUACGAGCUUGAUGAUGAAGAGACGAUCGCCGAGAACAAUGAGAUCAUGUCCAAGGUUCCCUUCGCUGUUGUUGGUGCCAAUAACGAGAUCACAAGCGCCGAUGGUCGCAAGAUUCGUGGUCGUGCCUACCCUUGGGGCAUCAUUGAAGUGGAUAACGAGGAGCACUGCGAUUUUGUCAAGCUUCGACAAAUGCUCAUCCGAACACACAUGGAGGAGCUCAAGGAGCACACCAACAACCAACUCUACGAGAACUACCGUACCGACAAGCUGCUCGCCAUGGGCGUGUCGCAAGACCCCAGCGUUUUCAAGGAGGUCAACCCUGCUGUCAAGCAGGAGGAGGAGCGUGCCCUGCACGAGCAGAAGCUAGCCAAGAUGGAGGCCGAGAUGAAAAUGGUCUUCCAACAGAAGGUAGCAGAGAAGGAGAGCAAGCUCAAGCAAUCCGAAGAGGAACUGUACGCCCGCCACAAGGAGAUGAAGGAGCAACUCGACCGCCAACGACUGGAGCUCGAGGACAAGAAGCAGCGAGUCGAAAGCGGACGGCCACUAGAGAAGGAAGGCAAGCGAAAGGGAUUCUCUCUUCGCUAA